AUGACGGCCAAGACGACUUGGCUCUUUGGGACGCAGAACUCGAGCAAAGGGCCUUCAUUGGUGCCAAUGCAGAGUGUUGACAAGAGGGAUGACAAAGAGCGGCAAAACGCGAUGAUGGCAAGAGACAGGCUGACGUGCCUGAAAUCGAAGAGCAUACCGAGCAGAGCAAGCGAACGAACGCAAACGUGCCUGUCGUCGAAGAGCAUACCGAUCAGAGCGAAUGACGACGCAGACCUGCUUGACCAUCCUGCCGUGUACAAACUUUUUUCUCUCAGCAGUCCCGGGCGUCCCCACCGCCUACGUGCUGAUCGUACCCUCGAGAGAGCACAGUCGCGACUCUCGAUGAUGCGAUCAAGGUCCCGCUCAGGAGAGCAGCAGCACACUGUCAACACUCUCCUAGCUACUCAUACAGUCAAGACUGAGAGACCUCGCUCAGUCGCGACCGUCUUGUCUGUGUCAUGCCAGCGCAGACGCAUGGAUAGGACGUCUUGGGCACUGGCGACUGUAAAGUAG